AUGCCCAGUGCCCUGCAGAGGAUGAGAGCCAUGGAGGCCUCACUGUCGAAGGCCGGCAGAGCCUACCCCGACUGCGCCGCCAUGGCUACGAAUCUGCGCACGAUGGCAUACAACUCAGAGGAGCAGCUGAGAGCUCAGAGUCACCAGGUCUCCCACCUGGUUCAUCUCGCUGCCGGAACCAUCUCCAAGGGCCUCCACUGCCUCUCCAUGCAGUUGACUUCCAGGUACUUCGGCCUGCGGCCUGAGCAGCGGGAGCUUCCAAAGAAGAGCAGGACCCGCCGGGCAGAUCUCUACCACCUCGCCAUCUUCUCUGACAACAUUCUCGCCUGCUCCGUGGUGAUCAAGUCCGCUGUCUCCUCAUCUGCGGUGAUGAUAAUCCCCCCCCCCCUUUUCUCCCCCCAUUUUGAUCCCCGAAAUUGGCAAUUGAAACAAAAAGCCAUGAAGCUUAUUCUCCUGGUUUGUGUUUGGUGUUUCUUUCCUACAGGAUCCAUCAAAGCUAGUGAUCCAUGUGGUGACCGACUCCCUCAACUUCCCGGCGAUGACGAUGUGGUUCCUCAUGAACCCGCCUCGCCCGGCCUCGGUCCACGUGGCGAGCACUGAGGACUUCGCCUGGCUUCCCGUUGACUUUGGCUCCCAAUUGCGGCGGUCGGUUGGGGUGAACCCGAGGUUUGUCUCGCCGCUCAACCACCUCCGGUUCUACCUCCCGCAGAUCUUCCCCUUUCUGGGCAAGGUGCUGCUCCUCGACCACGACGUGGUCGUCCGGAAGGACCUGAGGCCGCUGUGGAGGGUUAACCUCAAGGGGAAGGUCAACGGCGCGGUAGAGACGUGCGGCGGCGGCAGCAGCCCCUCUCUCCGGCUGGAAAGCUUCGUCGACCUGUCGGACCCCGCCCUCGCCGGUGCUUUCGACCCCAAAUCGUGCCCGUGGGCGUUCGGGAUGAACAUCUUCGACUUGGACCAGUGGCGCCGCCGGGGGUUGACCGAGGUUUACCAGAAAUGGCUCCAGCUGGUUAGUGUUCUCUCUCAUCUCCUCUCUCUCCUCUCUCCACUCUACAUGGAACCAAGCUUGUAUGUCGGCCGGUGCAGGCGGCGGAGAGGACGUCGUGGAAGGCGGGGACGCUCCCCCUGGGGCUGUUGACCUUCUACAACCACACGCGGCCUCUGGCGCGGCGGUGGCACCUGCUGGGGCUCGGCCGCGGGGCUGACGGCGCCGCCAGGGCGGACGUGGAGAGGGCCGCCGUCAUCCACUAUGACGGCAGCUUGAAGCCGUGGCUCGAGGUCGCCGUCCCCAGGUACCGGGGCUACUGGGCCAGGUUCGUUGACUACGGCCAUCCUCUUCUGCGUCAGUGUAACAUCCACGAGUAG